AGAUCACCGGAGCAGCCACAAGUCAGAACGGAGAGUGAGAAACGGACAGGAAGGUUCAAACUUGUGAAGAGAGAAGAGGAGAUUAGCUGGAGAGUGUUGUGACUGUGUUUGGGCAACAGGAGCGUUUGUUAGCCAGGAAGAGGGCAGCCGAGCCUGAGGAGAUGCUGUGAGGAAAAGUGCCAAGUGAUGGAGCUUGAAGCACCCAGCAGGCGAGCACAGCUAGUCAGAAUGGAUGAUCAGGACAGAGUAAGCCAAACAUCCAGCCGGGCAACCAUUUCCUACUUUCCCGUCAUGCAGGAAAGUGAUGGAAGGGUGCAAACAUUUGGGAAAAGAUGUCAGUCUGCCAAGAGAGAUCCCAACUGCUCUGUGGUCAUCAGAGGAUGGCUGAACAAAAAAGACAGCUCUGGUUUGAAGCUAUGGAAGAGAAGGUGGUUUGUCCUCUCCAACUUCUGUCUGUUUUACUAUAAAGACAGUAGAGAAGAGUCUGUGCUGGGCAGCAUCCCACUCCCGAGCUACAAAAUCCUGUUCUGCACACCGAGGGAAUGCAAGAACAGAAAGUUCACGUUCAAGGUGGUGCACCAGGGAAUGCGCUCCUACUUCUUCAGCGCUGACACUCAGGAGGACAUGUUGGGUUGGGUCCGAGCCCUCAGCCAGUCUGCUGCAAUGGAGUCGAACAGCUCCCUUAACAGGCGCUGCUCAAGCUACCAGGAUUUCACACAGAUAGGUGGCAGCACUGAAUCAGUGGAUUUCCCAAAAAACCCCUCUGAUGGAGAGGAUCCCUCCCAAAGACACAGGAACGUCAGCAGGACUCUGAGCGAACCGAGCCACCUCGCUGGUGGGAGGAUGGGGACGUCGUGCUCAGAGCUGAGGGGGAGGCGGAGUGUGCGUCAGAGAAACAGCAGAACACCCAGCCCUCGUGAAUUUAGCAGAAGAAGAGCUUGUGGUCCACACCAAGAGGAAGACUCUCUUCCUGGUCAAAUCACGCCACCCAUGCAGACAGAAAUGAUGAGCUCAAGAGGUCAGCUGGGGUCGCGACCUCAUACACCGGUGGGAAGGGUUGACAUUCGACCUAACGAUGACUCCGCCAUGGGGCCGCAUACUCUGUACUACGCACCUGCCUCACCUCAGCUGGAGUUCAAAUCCACUCCGACCACUCCAGUCACGGAAAGGUGGCAAAGCAUAAGCAGGCCUAUACCCACCUAUGGGUCUGUCCACCAUAUCCAGAGUGGGAGACGACCGUUAGGAAAGAGCUACUCUACAGGGGCAAAUGCAGACUUACUGCCCCCUUUGCCCCCCUCAUCAAGGGCCCCACAUGCUCCCCAGCACCCACACCACCAUCACCACCACCAUCAUCACCAUCACCGCAGCAAUAUGUCUGUUUGUGUGCUACCGCAAGCUAUGCCUCCAAAGCCUGAAACCCCUCCAAUCAGGCCUCUUGAAAGUGAUGCAGACGUUGUGUUGACGAGGUUGUGUGGGUGUGACAAGCUGCUCCAGUCUCUGUCUGUAGAACUGGCCCAGCUGCAAAUGGAUAAAGAUAGCGUCCAGUGUGCAUUGGAGGUAUCCAGACUGCAGCUGGAGGAGUGGAAAAGUCAGGGGCCGAGGGCACAGGAAGAGGCGCUGAUCCAGAAGGCUUUGCUCCAGGAAGAGCUGGUCACGAUCAGGGCCAAAAUGUGUGACGUAUCAUUGGAAAUGGAAAGGGUGUGGAGUCAAUAUGAAAGAAUGGAGAGUGAACUGUGGGUUAUACGUUCACACCUGCAGCACAUCUGUAACUUUGGAGUGCCACAGGACCAGUCUCAGGCCCAGAGAGAGCUGUGGAUGAUGGAGGACAUUCUGGCGGGACUAAAGAUCAACAGGGAUCACUUUCGCUUCCUGCUGGGUCUACAGAGGCACCACAUGUUCCAGCAGUCAUCUCCACAUCCAGGAUCCCCGGGCUCUCCCACAGAGAGGCUGCAGAGUGGACUGCCAAUGGAUAUGGAGGAAGAGCCACCACUCCGUCCACCGUUACCCGAGGAGCUGCAGGAAAGCUACCAGAACAGGGUUCAGGGCCAUGGCUGGACAGAGUCACCAUAUGAGGCGAUCUACAGCCAUACUGUCGACCCCACACAGAGAGGAGGAAACAGCCAGCCUGACCUCCUAAAUGUGAAAGCACAGAAAGACUCAUGUGAAUCUGGUUCAAUGUGGAUCCCACCAGAUGCAACAAACCAAUCAACCAAGAAGAUGAAGAUGAGUGAAGAAGAGCAGAUUGAACGGAUAAAGAGGAAUCAGGAGAGGUUGACGAAUAGGAAGAAACCCCCCAUACAUGGUUCUGGUGAAAGUUCAGAGACAAGAGAGGAGGCUCCCUUUCCUCUAAGGGUGACACGAGUUGUUACAGCUGUACUGCCUUCGUCCCUUGUGGCCAGGCGGGUUUCUGUUGAGGAUCCCCCGCCUGAGCUCGACAACCCACUGCCCGAGCAGAUCCCCCCUGAGAUGCAGGAGAAAAUGUUGACUAAGCCAUCCAGGCGUCUGCUGCCGGAGGGUCCGGAUCAGAAGCGUUGCUCGGCAGGGAUGCACCAUGAUCAGGCUGUUAAAAAGGCAAACAGGCAGCAGCAUCAGGGAGGGUUGAGGUCCCCCAAGAGGGAGUCACGGUCAGACAAGACCUCCAGGAAUCAAGUUCAAGACCAAGCAGGUUCCGGAAAUGGAAGUGAGAGCUUAGACACAAGGACGGAUGAACGGCGCUCUGCCCUCCUGACCCCUGACCUGAGCCCCGACCUCUGUCUGACCCCUGAGCAGCGAGAGGCCAAACUUCGUCGUGUGGAACGGAUAAGGGAGAGAGUCAUAAAAAGCGCAGUCAGACAGAGUGCAACUUCACACAAUCAACUACCAAUCAGGGGGGAGGUGCAGGAAGUUCCCCCUGACAAAGCUAGAAAACAAAGGAUGAAAUCAGGCCAGAGAUCCUAUGAUGGCUAUGGAAGCUGUGAUCAUAUCCGAGGUUCUGCAGAACUUCAGCUUUCUGGUGGAACAUCUCACCAUGAAGAGGAAAGAGAAGGACAUGUGAAAAAUUCUAAAAGUCAAGUCAAACAUGGAAACAACACACAAGACAAAGAUCAUAGUGGAAGAAACGGGGUUGCCAAAACUAAAACCAGACGCCCAGCUUCACCCUAUCACAUCUCAUCCAUGACUUUCUACCAGAAAGAUGGAGGCAAGGGGUUCACGAGUUGCAAGGAUGGAGAGGAGCAAAAGUUUGAAGAACCUGGCGCAGAUGAUCGUGAAAGUGAUUUUUCAUCCUCUGAUCUCAGAGCCAAGUGGUUCCUCUCCACCAACAAAUGGAAAGGGUUACCUUUGCCGAUGGACUCGUGCAAUGAGGGGGUAUCAGACGUUGAGAACCAGCCGGCAUGCACUGAAAACCUGACUGAUUCCAAUGCGAUGUCAUUGUCAGUCAGUGAAAGCUUGGAAAAAAUGAAAGAAAACCACUCACUCUUCUAUAAGAUUGCAUGUGAUAUCUGUAUUUCAGACACAGACAUUACAAAGGCUGAUGGCAAUGGCCAAACACCAUCGAGGCCAGGAGAAGAAGAAGAACUGCUGAUCACUGAAUCUUUGUUGGACGAGGUGCUCCAUAGCGUUGGGAGAUCUUUCAAACAAGAGAGCCUUCAGGAAUCAAGACUACAUUUGCAAUCAGAUGUAAAUGAAAAUAGUCGCUCAAUUAAGGAUGAACUCCAAGAUUCCACCCAGGACAAAGCAGUGUCAAAUACCUCAGCCAGUUUAGAAAAAAAUGAAGACACCUCAAGGCAAGACAGCCAGUUGGAAGUUGAAGAAACUGUCCAUGGAGAUCCUGUUCAAGAAACCAGUUCUGAUCCGGCCCUGGAUGAAUCUGUAAAGAUGAGAGAAGAACAGAGUGGGACGAAAGAGUCAGAAGACAGGAAGGUGGACCAAGAAAGAGCUAAAGAGCGGAAGAAAUGUCAAAGUUUAAGUGAGGUCAAAGAAACAGUCCCAGAUGGAGGCAACUCCAUCACUCCAUCAGGCUCUGUGUAUGAGGGCCAAAGGGUGAUGCGGAGCGCCUCUUUUGGGAAGGCAAGAGUUACUGUGUUAAGGACAAGUUUGUAGAUGCAAGAACGGCAAAGGCUUAAGGGGCUUAAAUGAACGAACUUGGAAAGGACAAGGACGCAGUUGAGUGAUGAAUGGUAAAUAAAAAAGAAUGAGGAGAAGGACUUGAAGUGGUUGAAAGAAUUUGGACCUAACAUUUCAGUAGAAACGGUAAAAUGGGAACAUUUAGAAAUAGUUGUUGGUAAAUUAGAACAUAGCCCUUAAACAUAAUAUAUGGUUUGAAAUGGAUGAACAUAUAAAAGAAAGUCUUACGAAUAUUUAAUGAAAACAAUGUUUGCAAAUACAGUGUUGUUGUUUCAGUUAAUGGAGCACAUCAAAUGUAUAGUGGAAUACAUGGCAAGUAUUGGUUAACUCUUUCAUUCCUCUCGAAACAUGCUUUUAACAUAACACUGGAGUACGCAUGAUUGCUGCUGGUGGAUGGCAACAUAACCGUGUUAUUGUCACCAUAACAAAAUGUGAUUUGUA